AUGGAGAAUUUUUCCUCGCAGCUUGAGAAGGAUAUGGACAAGGUUGUUGCUGCGAACAAUAAAAAAAUUUGGGAGUGGAUCCAUAAAAUACGUGCAAAAGGAGUGCCCAUCGAAGAAUUUUUCAAGCAGGAUGACGACGGAAACACAGAACUGACCAGAGUCAUUCAACGGGGAUUAGAAAGCGCCGCCGCGUGGCUCAUCGAGGCCAUCGGCGCGAGGAGCGACCUCCUGGACCUGCCUAACUCGGACGUGCACACGGCGCUGCACCUGUCCACCCUGUCGGGCAGCUCAUCCGUCACCCGCCAACUCGUGCUCUCCGGCGCAAACGCCAAGCUGCAAACCGAGGACGGCAACACUCCCCUGCACUUGGCUUGCAUGAGCAACGACCUCGACUGCCUCGCAGCCCUCACGUCGCCCUUUACUCCGGAAGAACUGCCCGCGCUGCACGAGGACACGCAAAAUCGCCCGAGGCCGGAUUUCAACCUCGAGACGAAAAAUUGCCAAGGUCGGUAUACCGCUACCACGAGAUCCCCGGCUGUCACGGGAAAACUUGCCUGCACAUAG